AUGGAACUUCCAUGGCCAGAGCCGGGAAAUGCCACGUUUGCUAGCUGGCGUCGGAUUGCACCUGGCGUCCUUCCUCCGUCCUUCCUCCCAGCGUCGUCGAACGUCACCUGUGCACCCGCCGGACGCGGCCCGAAUGGCAGCUGGACCGCCUGGGGGACCGCCGCGACCGGGAUGCGCCCGGGGGACGCCGCGACGAUGAUGGGGCCAGGGUCAAUGCCCAUGGGGACACCCUUCCCCGGCAGUCAGGGCCAGAUGGGCAUGGGCCAGAUGGGGAUGGGCCAGGGCUGGUCGGGCAACCCAUACCAAUACCCGAGCCAUGGCUUCAAGGGCGGCAAAGGCAAGGGCAAAGCCAAAGGGAAAGGCAAAGGCAAAAGCUUCAGCUUUAGCGACGACCCCCGUCGGCAGAUUUGGGCUGCCCAGCGGCAGGCGCAGCAACGUGACCGGGCAGCCAUCAAUCAGGCGCAGAGGUCCGCACAACAGCGCUUUGAGAAAGACCUCUUAGACCGAGUUCAAGGGAAGUGGACCGAUGAGGAAGACCCCAGUAUUAGCUACCACGUGGAGGGCAGCAUUUGCUCCGUAUCCGGCGGGCCAGGGGCGCCGCGCACCUUCCGGAACCGUUUGAGCGUCUAUGGCGGGGAGCUCUGUUGGGAUGCCAAGAGAUUUUGGCAUAACCUGAACUUCAACGCCCUUCCUGCGCUAGGAGAAGAGGUGGAGCGAGUGGAGUGGAAUCCGGGACCCGGCUCGCCACCCACGAAGCAGAUCAUUUGGCUCCGCUCCGAUGACGUGGAGGCCGCCGACGCGGAGGACGCCGGCGACGACGGCCCGGACGCUGGCGACGACGGCGCGGACGCGGGCGCUGAGGGGUGAGCCAUGGUGGCCGUGGCGCGUGGCGCGUGCGCGCGACUCUCCACUGAGUUUGGCCAUGCCCACUCAGACCGCGCGGUGCGCGCUACAUGGCGAUGAGAGGGUGAGGGUAGACGAAAUGCUGAGGAAGUGCAAUGUAGGACGUAAAAAAGGAGGCUUCUGAUUCUGCGGCGCGUUUUGGCCGGAGGUAUGCAAGAUCCGCUUCGUAAAAGCACACCACCGCAAGACAUUUGGUACUAUCUUAGGGCUGCUAAGAGGACCUGGCACCAGGGGAGGAGGCUCUGGCUGCACUGAAGCUGCUGGAGGCCCUGGGAAUUUCUGCCACCGACGUUGAGAAUUGGGUCGGGAAAACGCCAGGAGAGCGUUCCUGAACCUGAAGACGAUCGCCGGCUUCUCCUGUGUUCGAUCGAUCGAUCGAAGUCCGGGUCACCAGGUGAAAAGCCAACCUAGAGAGGUUGAACAGCCCUU